CCUCGGGUGUGGUUUGUCAUUUCAUCAGUAUCCGACAAGACACCACACCACAAGAAUCAUCAUCUGGGACAAAACAAGAGGCGGAAAAAUAAAUCUAAAAAAAUUAUCAUCAUCUCCUCGUUCAAAAGACAAAAUGCUGAUUGGAGAUAGGAUUUUUCUCAACAAAUGACUGAACGAAAAUAGCACCAGGUUAUUCGCCAUUAUCAUGUGAGAAAAUCUGAAGCAUGAAGCAAUGUGACUGAAUAUAAAGAAGACAAAUAACAUAAGAUUUGAAAAAGAAGAAAGAAUUGCCAUGCAGAAUCGGCUCGACGGUAAGCUGGUGUUGCUCUAUACAUUAUUGGCACUUCAAGUAUUCAUCGUCAUGAUUUAUGUUGCCUCAACACCACCUAGUGAAUAUAGACAGAUGACAAUAAGAAAUCCCGUUAGCUUCGUUAGAAUGGAACCAACAGAGAUUCCCCCCAAAGACGAAAAUCGUACAUCAAAGCCUUCCUACCAUACCUCAACCAGUGAAUUAAAACUGAAAGAUACAAAAACAUCAGGAUUCUUCAUCACCCAGAACACAACGCAAUGUUGGAAGGAGGGAAUCUCCAACAAGACCCACUUAUCAACGGACAAAUGUCAUUGUCAAUGCGGAUGGCACGGGACAGACUGCGGCCAACCGGAGGUAGUUUGGCGUGCGAUAAUGGCAUCGAAACAAAAAAUCAAACUCAAACCAAGAAAAUUCCUGCGACGACUAAUCUACACAUUCUCCGUGCAAGAUUACAACUCCGCAAUUGUCGAAGUUAUCGUUGAAGAGCUUCACAACGUUGUGGAUUUAUUUGUUAUCUGUGAUUUCAGUGCAGCAGAGGAUAAUUUGCAGCACAAAUUGAACAAAGGACUGUUAUCCAAUUAUCACCACAAGAUAUUAUACAUAAAUGCAGCUCACAAAUUGCGAAAACCCUCGCGAAUAAUAUUGAAAUACGUCUGGGAUAAAAUAAUUGGCGUUGUCAAUAACCUAAAGGAGGACGAUAUUUAUGUGAUGAGUGGACCUGAGCAAAUACUAAAUUGGCGUGCACUGAUGUUUCUGAAGGUAUACGAUGGUUGGUCUCAGCCAAUUGGCUUUCGUCUCAGAUGGUCUGUCUUCGGAUUUUUCUGGCAACAUCCUUCCAAAACAAUCGUAACCGUUGGUGCAUCCACCAUCGGUUGCAUAUAUCAGUCCUAUCGAACAAAUUCUAUUUUACUUCAGCACGAAUUGGGGGAAACUAAUGAGAGAGAUGUACUGGGUCUUGUCAUCGGGGAUCUCAAUCACUACGGUGGAUGGUAUUGCAACUACUGUGAAACACCAGCCAACAUCAUCAUUGCCCUGAAGAACAAUGGAAAACCUAAGGAUGCUAAAUAUGCUAGGAACAUUGAUGUUCUCUUCGUGGAGGAUUUAAUCGGCACUGGUGUCUGGUUUGAUAAUAAAAUGAGCCUUAUCAGAGCUUAUAAAACAAGAGAAUCGUACUUUGCUCCAGACACUGUUAUGAGUAAUAGUUUUAAAUUUGACUGGCUGAUUGAUAAUUUCUAUGCUAAACUUGAUUACUACUGAUCAUCGUCUACGAUCUAAUGUCUGUGAUAUAUAUUCAACCAGUCGUGAGUGAUGGACAUUGCAAAUAUAGCGAAUUAACUGAUUAACGAAUUUAUAUACAAGGAUAUAUAUGUAUAUGUAUAUAUCAGAGUAUGGAUGUUGAGUAAUUUAUAUGAAUAAGGAGAAGUCGAAUAUGUGAGAGUGAAGACAUUUGAGCUAUUUGAUAUUCAAUGGAGAUGGAGAUUAGGUUUUUUUUUUUACUGGGAGGGAAUGUGGGUAUCAUUUACGUGAUAAGGUGAUUUCGGUGAUAUCCAAUCAUCUGACUGCAUUUGAAAUUUGUUAGAAUUCCUGCAUUGUUGUAAUACUCUGGCACAGAUCAGUGGCAAAGUGAGAAAAUGAGAUAAGUUCACUUUUCUCUAUUGAGUUUUUGCGUGAUAUUCCCGAUUUUAAGCGGAAUAGCGGAUUUCUUGUAAUUACAUUUGUUGUAGUUCUCAAUUCGCUUUCCAAAGAUGGUUAUUAUAACAUUUUUGCUGUCUUUCCUAGAUUCCGAGAUAUUCGUCAAAAACUGGUCAAUACUCAAAACGGACUGAUCUGAAUUUACCACUUCGAUACUGAAUUUAUCAUAUUUAUUACUGAAUUUGUACUGAAUGAUUUAUUACAGAAAAUCCUCCCCCCCCCCGCUCAUUAUUUUAUGGUGAUUUUCUUGCUGAGUAAAAAAGUAAUUAUGUCCCUAAAUUUUCCAAAGGACACAAGAGCAUUUGUGCAGAGAGGAUAAUUGUUGAUUAAAAAAUAUUCCAAGUUAUUUCAAUGGUAAAAAAAUACAAAUCUAUUCCAAACUUCAAACGUCGCUGUAAGAUUUCAACGAGUAAUUAUUCAUUAAUUAAUAUCUUUUCCACCUUCAAUGUCUCUCCAUAAAAAAUACCGAUACGAUUCAGUUCGAAAAUAUUCCAAAAUUCUCCUCAUCAGAGAAUAGAAAAGAAAAAAAAAUUUUCAAUGAAAUUGAAAAAGAAAACUUCGAUUGUCCAGUUUGCCCCCUUUUCGAGAGAUGUUGCACACAGGCUCUCACAGACUCUACUGAUACUUUGUAUCUCUCCCAUUCUGUAAGAUAUAAAUUAUAAUAAUUUUUUUCACUUACCAAU